GCAGGAUGUUUCACGGGAUCCCAGCCACUCCUGGCAUGGGAGCCCCUGGAAACAAGCCGGAGCUGUAUGAGGAAGUGAAGCUGUAUAAGAAUGCCCGUGAGCGGGAGAAGUAUGACAACAUGGCAGAGCUGUUUGCAGUUGUGAAGACGAUGCAGGCCCUGGAGAAGGCGUACAUCAAAGACUGCGUCAGCCCCAACGAAUACACUGCGGCCUGCUCGCGGCUCCUGGUCCAGUACAAAGCUGCCUUCCGGCAGGUACAGGGGUCAGAGAUCAGCUCCAUCGAUGAAUUCUGCCGCAAGUUCCGACUGGACUGCCCGCUUGCCAUGGAGAGGAUCAAGGAGGACCGGCCCAUCACCAUCAAGGACGACAAGGGGAACCUGAAUCGCUGCAUUGCCGACGUCGUCUCGCUCUUCAUCACAGUGAUGGACAAGCUGCGCCUGGAGAUCCGGGCCAUGGACGAGAUCCAGCCCGACCUGCGGGAGCUGAUGGAGACUAUGCACCGCAUGAGCCACCUGCCCCCUGACUUCGAGGGCCGCCAGACGGUCAGCCAGUGGCUGCAGACCCUGAGUGGCAUGUCAGCCUCAGAUGAGCUGGACGACUCCCAGGUGCGCCAGAUGCUCUUCGACCUGGAGUCAGCCUACAACGCCUUCAACCGCUUCCUGCACGCCUGAGCCCAGCCUCCCUACCCCCACCUUCUGCGAUGGUCCCAUUUCCCCCGACGUCUGCACCCGUUUUGCCAUGCACAGUGGCCUAGAGCCCGCUCCCCCAAUAACGAUGCUUUCUGACCU